UGCUGCCGAGGCUGCAGCAGCCAGUGCAGCAGAAUGAAUGUGUGAGAGGGGAUAAGUCGCCUGAGCCCAGCCUGUGCUUCUCCUGCCCUGCUCUGUCUUCAUUCACCGGCUCCAGGAGCGACACUGAGCGAAACAGAUGCGCUGCUAGCGAAAGGGAGUCCUGCCCUGGAUCUAUCGCUGUGUGUCCGCCUCCCUCGAGGAAAAUGGUCAACAAAGACAUGAAUGGAUUCCCAGUCAAGAAGUGUUCCGCUUUUCAGUUCUUUAAAAAGAGGGUACGAAGAUGGAUUAAGAGCCCUAUGGUUAGCAUGGAAAAACAUCAGGCCAGCAGCCUCAAAUACCCGGGGUCCACUGUGAUGCAUAUACCUCAAGGGGAGCCUGACAUUGAGGCUCCGUUAUGUCAGAUGUGCUUCGGUGAUCACGCUUUUCCAAGAGGGAUUGUCCCACAGGACACGGAGUCGUGUUCCUGGGAAGACCACAGAAGCUGCAAAGUGAACGAACUUUACAGUAAAGAAGAUCUGUUGGCUCAACCUGAUCAGAGAACUUUCUGGACUAAUGAUGACUCAGCUUUCAUGAAACAGAGACGAAUGGGGCUGAAUGACUUCAUUCAAAAGAUAGCCACCAACUCCUACGCAUGCAAACACCCUGAAGUUCAAUCUAUUUUGAAGAUCUCCCAGCCUCAAGAGCCUGAACUUAUGAAUGCCAAUCCUUCUCCUCCACCCAGUCCAUCCCAGCAGAUCAACCUUGGCCCUUCUUCUAACCCACAUGCUAAACCAUCAGAUUUCCAUUUCCUGAAGGUCAUUGGAAAAGGCAGCUUUGGGAAGGUUCUUCUUGCAAGGCACAAGGCAGAAGAGCACUUCUAUGCAGUAAAAGUCCUCCAGAAGAAAGCAAUCCUGAAAAAGAAGGAGGAGAAACACAUAAUGUCAGAACGCAACGUCCUACUGAAGAACGUGAAGCACCCUUUCCUGGUGGGACUCCACUUCUCCUUCCAGACUGCAGACAAGCUGUAUUUUGUCCUAGACUACAUCAAUGGUGGAGAGUUGUUCUACCAUCUCCAGAGGGAACGUUGCUUCCUGGAGCCAAGAGCUCGUUUUUAUGCUGCUGAAAUCGCCAGUGCACUGGGUUAUCUGCAUUCACUGAAUAUAGUUUACCGGGACUUGAAGCCAGAGAACAUUUUGCUGGAUUCUCAAGGCCACAUCGUCUUGACUGACUUUGGACUCUGCAAAGAGAACAUAGAACACAAUGGCACAACUUCCACAUUUUGCGGCACUCCUGAGUACCUUGCCCCCGAAGUCCUUCACAAGCAACCCUAUGACCGGACUGUUGACUGGUGGUGCCUUGGGGCCGUUUUGUACGAGAUGCUUUAUGGACUGCCCCCUUUCUAUAGCAGAAACACAGCAGAAAUGUAUGACAACAUCUUGAACAAACCUCUGCAGCUGAAGCCAAAUAUUACCAACUCUGCAAGACACCUUUUGGAAGGUCUUCUACAAAAGGACAGGACCAAGAGGCUGGGUGCAAAGGAGGACUUUAUGGAGAUUAAAAACCACAUCUUCUUCUCCCUAAUUAACUGGGAUGAUCUCAUUAAUAAGAAGAUUACACCCCCUUUCAACCCAAAUGUGAGUGGCCCCAAUGACCUGCGGCACUUUGACCCUGAGUUUACAGAUGAGCCUGUCCCGAACUCCAUUGGCCAGUCUUCAGACAGCAUCCUCAUCACUGCCAGCGUCAAGGAAGCUGCUGAAGCAUUUCUGGGCUUCUCCUAUGCCCCUCCCAUGGAUUCUUUCUUGUGAAUUUCUAUUAUAGUGAUCUGUUUGUACUUUUUCUUCAUUUAAUAAUGACCCUUCUGUUGGCCUUCUGUGUAAGCUGCCAGUUUGUCCGGUCACCUUCAAAAAGGAGAGGGAUUUUUUUCUUUUGCACAUCUUCUCACUGUGUGGCAGCUUUGCAGCCUUAAUUUCAACUGCGUUUUUUAUUUUAUUUUUCUGGAAGCUUUUGUUGUCGUUCCUGCCGUUCAUUUGGAAGAGCACAUUCUAACUACUUUUAAAUGAACUUGCAAAACAUUUCAACUUCCAGUUCUUCCCACCCACCAAAGUGGUGCUAUCGCCUUUAGAAGGAAAGAAGGAAGAAUCUACUGCUGCCAUAGACUGCCAUAGAUUGUAAGCUUAAGAACAACAUGCUGUGUGCACCCCCCUUUCCCCCUCCCCCCUUUUUUGAGAGACUGUUCUGAAAAGCCUAGCUUGAAGAUCUUUCUGGAUAUGAUGGGGAUGAUUUUACGAAAACGUGCCUUUCCCCCCCUGAGAUCUUGUGAGCUCCAAAGCUUUUCCUGUCACAAGAGUGUUUCCUGAUUUACACGUGUGUUUCUUUUGUGUGUAUGUGCGAGUUUGCUAUGAGGACAAUGGUGUCAGUGUGGUAUGCACAUUUUUCAGAUGGACUUUGUUCAGAAGCAUCAGUGCGACACUUGCAGGACACUACAAUGGGGGGCAUUGUUCGUUCCUUCCAUAUUUGGAAGACAAUAAAUUAAUAUGUGUAGAUAGAUUAUUUUUUUAAAGGAAAAAAAUGUAAAAAUUAAUAAUGUUGGGCUUCAAUGACUAGUACCCAUAAUGCUUGAAAGAAAGCAUUGCUGCUAUGGAAAAAUAUAUAAAUAUAUAAAUAUUUCUAUUUUUAGAAUGGGUUUCUAGGGACCAAAAUGCCCCAGCUGCAGUCUAUCAAAGCUGUUGGUUUAUUUCAUUAUCAUUUUUUUUGGUUCAUCUGUAAAACUGGGCAUUAUUUAUGGUUUGUAUUUUUUUCAUUCCUGGUUGUACGUAUUUGUAAAAAGACUUGUACAGUUGGUUGCAAUAGUAGAUGUAUAUUUAAAAAGGAAAAAAACCUUUAAAGGCUUAUAAUGUGUACCACUAUUAUAAUGUAAUUUACAGGGUUAUUAUACAAUAUGUAUAAUUUUUGUGACCAAACCCAUUGGUUUGCAGUAAAAUCUUGGACAAUAUUUCUAUAAA